AUGACAGCCAUGAUGCAAUGGCAAGUUAGCAGGCAAUUCAGGAAGGACUGUGAAGCUGCUAUGGCCAGAAUUCCAAACCUAGAUGUUGUGGUCCAACAAUUAGACCUCCCUUAUGGCCCUCCACCAGGAUUGGCAUGGCCAUAUAAGGAGAAUCCUCUCAUUGCACAGAUAGCUAGAAUACCAGGGCAUGGAGAAAUCCAAGUUGGACAGAGGGGAGGAGCCCUUCCCAUUCAAGAGUAG